CGGUCCCCACGGUCCGGUCCCCACGGUCCGGUCCCCACGGUCUGGUCCCCACGGUCCGGUAUCCACGGUCCGGUCACCAUGGUCCGGUAUCCAUGGUCGGGUUCCUCCGUCCUGGAUUUUCUGUUGAAAUCUCUUCACUCCCUUUCAGACCCUCCCUGUUAGCUGAGAUCCCAGCUAGCCUACUAGCUUAGCUUAUUCACCCACAGCUAAUGCAUUCUGGCUGACUGUGACAUAAUGGUCUGUGUCUCCACCCCCCCCCUCGGAGGAUGAGGCAGGGCGGGUCCUGGGCCUCCAUAUGUGUAUUUCCUCAGUCUGAGGAAUGUGUCGUGGGAACGGGUCUGUCUCAGGAAGUUAAAUCAGUUUCUGUGGCGUCUAAAACUCUGCUCAUCAAACCGCUGACCUCGUGGAUCCGAUGGUUCACGGUCCUCGCUGUGCUGUGGGUGUGACUAUGUCCCCACGGUCCGGUCCCCACGGUCCGGUCCCCACGGUCCGGUCCCCACGGUCCGGUCCCCACGGUCCGGUCCUCAUGGUCCGGUCCCCACGGUCUGGUCCCCACGGUCCGGUCCCCACGGUCCGGUCCCCACGGUCUGGUCCCCACGGUCCGGUAUCCACGGUCCGGUCACCAUGGUCCGGUAUCCAUGGUCGGGUUCCUCCGUCCUGGAUUUUCUGUUGAAAUCUCUUCACUCCCUUUCAGACCCUCCCUGUUAGCUGAGAUCCCAGCUAGCCUACUAGCUUAGCUUAUUCACCCACAGCUAAUGCAUUCUGGCUGACUGUGACAUAAUGGUCUGUGUCUCCACCCCCCCCCUCGGAGGAUGAGGCAGGGCGGGUCCUGGGCCUCCAUAUGUGUAUUUCCUCAGUCUGAGGAAUGUGUCGUGGGAACGGGUCUGUCUCAGGAAGUUAAAUCAGUUUCUGUGGCGUCUAAAACUCUGCUCAUCAAACCGCUGACCUCGUGGAUCCGAUGGUUCACGGUCCUCGCUGUGCUGUGGGUGUGACUAUGUCCCCACGGUCCGGUCCCCACGGUCCGGUCCCCACGGUCUGGUCCUCAUGGUCCGGUCGCCAUGGUCUGGUCCCCGCGGUCCGGUCCUCAUGGUCUGGUCCUCAUGGUCUGGUCCCCGCGGUCCGGUCCUCAUGGUCCGGUCCUCAUGGUCUGGUCCCCACGGUCCGGUAUCCAUGGUCUGGAUUUUCUGUUGAAAUCUCUUCACUCCCUUUCAGACCCUCCCUGUUAGCUGAGAUCCCAGCUAGCCUACUAGCUUAGCUUAUUCACCCACAGCUAAUGCAUUCUGGCUGUGACAUAAUGGUCUGUGUCUCCACCCCCCCCUCGGAGGAGGAGGCAGGGCGGGUCCUGGGCCUCCAUAUGUGUAUUUCCUCAGUCUGAGUAAUGUGUCGUGGGAACGGGUCUGUCUCAGGAAGUUAAAUCGGUUUCUGUGGCGUCUGAAGCUCUGCUCAUCAAACCGCUGACCUUGUGGAUCCGAUGGUUCACGGUCCUCGCUGUGCUGUGGGUGUGACUAUGGUUGGUCAGAUGGUCCCGUGUGUCCACGUCUAAACCUGGUCUCACACCAUGAUGUGUUUUUGAGUUCUUCAGUCAGUUUCAUCUUCAGCGGGAAGCGCGAGUCCUUUAAAAGUGAUCUGACUCUGAUUCACUUCAGUGUGGACUGUGUCCUGCACCGCGCACCCCUCUGGACUUUAUCCACAUCCUGAAGGUCUCGGUCCAAACAGCUGGACCCAGACCAGUUUAAAGUGUGUGUGUCAGCCCUGGAUGACAGGUCAAACGUGAUCAGGUUUCCCAUGAGUCUUUGCUGUCCUCAUAGUGACUAACUGUCCGCAGAUGUGCUAAAAUAAGACCUUUUUUAGAGGAAGUGGAAAAAGAUAGAAAGACGAAGUCCAGAGAAAAACUUAUAUUUUUAUGUCUUUCACUUCUCCAUCCUGCAUCAUACUGUAUUUCCUCUGUGACCUCUGACCUCUGUCACACUGUUGCCGGUUUGAAGGUCCUUCUCAGUCUGUGUUCUGGCGCUGAAGAGUCCAUGUAGGUUGAGGUCUGGGUUUAUGAUGGGUCACACACCGGUGGCGUAUGAACCGAUGAUGCAGCCGACGCGUUGCCCAGCUGAUCAGAGGGGCCCCCCGAGGGACGGCGACAAAUGCUGCGUGGAUCGUGGUCGGGUGCCAUCAUUCAUUCGGUGGCGCUGUGGCGGCUGAAGCUGCUAUUGGUCUGUUGUUAUUGACAGACUGUGUGUUGGCGUGUUUCUGGAGGCUGAAGCUGCUGCGCUGGUUUAGUUGACACCUGAGGUCGAGUCUGAACGCUGGAACGUUGGUGUUGCACCAUGAGGCCAAAGGUGGGCGUUUGUUCCGUCUCCUGGGAAGAGAUGAAAGCACUGCAGGCGAGUGGAGUCUCAGGCCUCCUCCCUGCUGAGAGGUGGUUUGGCACUUUGACUGCUGUCCGCUGUUCUGACCAAUGAAAAGAUGAAGGUCACUUAUCCAGAACUCGUGAAACCUUUGUUGGCCUUGAAUGACAGCGAGAAGGUUAAAAUGUGUAGACGUGACACGCAAAUGGAUGGAUUCAGGUUUGGGUCUGAAACUGGAUUGAGAAAGUGGAUUGAGAGCAGAUGGAUGUCUUCACAGGCUCUGUAUCUGUUAACAGAUACGUUCAUGAAGCAGCUCUGUCCUCGCUCCUUUAGCUCCUGUUCACAUGGGAUGUUUAUUCCCACAGAGGCUCAGGAUGCUUCCUGUUUCCAUAUAUGGCAGUGAGUGUGAGCUUUAUAAAAGUCCCUGUUUGUUCCUCAGACUCUGAUCUGGAUCGUCCGUCUGACAGCAGCUCUUCAGGAUGUGCGUGUCGAGGUGUCUGCGAUGUGUCGGUGUCUCUCUGGUUCCCAUGGCGAUCGUAUGUAUGCUGUCCAACAUCCUGCUGCUGCUUCCUGAACUGAAGAUCCGCUUCCUGUUGGAGGGUCAUGUGACCAGAGAGGCCACCUGGGCCACGGGGCUGUGGGGGUCUGGCUUCCUGGUUCUGCUUGGAGCCCGAGCGUUUGUGCAGAGCAGCAAAACUAGAGGCUGCUGUGCUUUCAGAAGUGAGAUGUUGUGUCAGGUGGCGUACUCCUGUAUGUGUCUGCUGGCUGCUGGGAUCUGCUGUCUGGUCAGUGCCACCGGUCUCUCCCAGGGUCCUCUCUGUCUGUACAACGCCACCUCCGGUUCCACCUGGGGGGUCCCACUACAACCUGAUCCAAACCGUCACGCAGGCUAUCUCUACAACAGGACUCUGUGGUCUGGAGUGUGUCUGGAGCCCAGAGGGGUGGUUCAGUGGAACGUGGCUCUGUUCAGUGUGAUGGGGGGCUCCAGCGGGCUGCAGACUCUCCUCUGUGCUGCCAACAUCCUCAACUCACUGUUGGGGCUGAUCCUGGGACAGGGCUUCUGCCACAACAAGGUCAGUCCAGUUUCCGUUUGACAGGCCAUCCUGGAUCCUGAAUGAGGACAUCAGCUCUGACAAACCCUUCACAGUGUAAAGUUAUGAAGCUAUUAUUUUCAGGUAACAAAGCACUGAUGCACUUUAGAUAAAAGAACAUAGAGGUAAAUCAUUUUCACAUCUGCACGAUGAACCAUGUUCAGAUAUGAAUUCUUGUUAUAUUUUUAACUACUGUUAAAGUUCUUCAUAAUCAACAUUAAAACAAAACAAUGCCACAUCUUAAAGGACGAGGCCCCAUUACUAUCGGCCAAUCAAUCAAUGAAUGAAUCAAUAAUAACUUGACAUUUGAUCAAUAUAUUUGAUAAACUAUAUACAAGUGAACAAUAGUCUAAAACUUUACAAAGAAUAAAUGUUAAAUGAGUGAAAAUAAAUGGACAAUACAUCAUUUAAAGUAGAUUUAUUAACAUUUAAUGUUUUGUUAUUUUACCAUAAAUUAUUAUUAGCUUAUUUUGUUUAGUUUUUAUGGAGUCAUUAGUUUUUAAGCUAACAGCUGAUUUAUUGUAUUUAGUAAUGUAAAUGUUUUUAUUGUAGAACACUAGAGACAUGAUUUAUAUUGUAUUUGAUCAAUAAGUUGUGACUCGGGGUGUGCAGGUUAUAUCAUCACGAUAUGUGGGUAUAAUUAGAUAAUGCUAGUAGUGGAGUGGAGGAGUGAAAAAGGGGAAUAACUUUAUGAGUGUUGAAGUGGUUCAGUCCCAAAUGAUCAGCUGUACAACAACCCACGAUAACUUAAUAAUAAUCCGUUUUAUUUAUAGAGAGCUUUUCAUGCUACUCAAAGACACUUCACAUGGUUAAAUAAGGUCAUUAAACCACAUUAAAAAUAUGUCCAUACGGGAGUCCCGCACAGUACUGACUGAAGUAAACUUGCACACAAUUACAUUACAUACAUACAAGAUUUGAAAUAAUUUGACAUUUUUCUGGCCCGCCAUGUAACGGCCUGAAAAGAGUUUUGGCUCGAUGCCUAACUUAUUUGCCAAAUGCUGUUCUAAACCAUCGUCAGUAAUAUAAUUUUUGCAGCAAUAUCGUGAUGAUAUCGGCCAGCCCUAGUUCUGACCAACAGAAAGCCUCACAUCUCAUUCAGCUGUUUCUUUGUGCAUUUUAUUUAUUCAUGUAUUUGUACGUUAUUCUUCUAAAUUAAAAGACAACUUGUAAAUUUA